GAUACUGUGAAAUGACGUGCAGUUGAUAGAUACAUACACACGUAGAAUCGUGUAGGAUAUCUGUGUCAUUUUCGGUUGCGAUAUAUAUUUGACAGAAAAGCAAUCAUGACUUCGCUUCUCGCACCAGAAAUUCCAUCGCCAGGCUUUUCCUUUGAUCUGUGUCAAAGGAAUAAUACCUUGAUCAAAAAAGGCUUUGCUGCUCCGAAAGCAGUUAAGACAGGUACAACUAUUGCCGGUAUAGUGUACAAGGAUGGUGUUAUUCUUGGUGGUGAUACGCGAGCUACGGAGGACACCAUUGUUGCGGACAAAUACAGUUUGAAAAUUCACUUUCUUGCUCCCAAUAUGUAUUGCUGCGGAGCUGGCACAGCAGCCGAUACUGAGAUGACCACUGAGAUGAUAGCCAGCCAAUUGGAGUUGCAUCGCCUGAAUACCGGCCGUGUCGUGCCUGUGUGCACCGCAAACACACUAAUUAAGCAAAUGCUGUUUCGUUAUCAGGGCCAUAUUGGUGCCGCUCUUAUUCUGGGUGGUUUUGAUCUCGAUGGACCGCAAUUGUAUUGCAUUUAUCCACAUGGUUCUACCGAGAAGCUGAAAUAUACUACUAUGGGAUCCGGCUCGUUGGCGGCAAUGGCGGUUUUCGAAAGCAGAUGGAAACCUGAUUUACCGGAGGAGGAGGCGAAGCAAUUGGUAGCGGAUGCUAUUCGUGCAGGCGUGUUCAACGACCUGGCAUCGGGAUCCAACGUGGAUCUCUGCAUUAUUCGCAAGACUGGCGUUGAGUAUCUGCGACCAUAUGAUACCGCCAGCGUGAAAGGCCAGCGGCAAAUCAGUUAUCGUUACAAGCCCGGCACCACCGCGGUGCUUACCAAGACAAUAAAGCCGAUCAUCGUGGAGGAGGAGACAGUGAUUCAACACGAGGCGAUGGACACAUCUUCAUGAAACUCUAUUAAUUAACUCAGCUCUACAUAAACUUAAGUUAUAGUGAACUUUUUCCAAACAGUAAGUGUUGAUUAUAAAAUCUAAUCUUUAAAUAUUUGUAAUAAAAAUAUUGCCAGAUUGUGCACAAGUAAAGCAUAUAAUUUCUAAAUGUUGGGUCUCGAAAGAAAAGAAAAAAAGGAAAAAACACUUGAAUUUUUUCUUAAAUGGGCUCGUGUAUAUCUUGCGAUAUCAGCGGGUUAAUAAAAUAUAUGUCAUCUAUACAAAGUUA